GGGAAGAAAAGACGCGCUAGUGCCUAAGUUAGUUGAUGCUGUGGUUGCCGCGUACGGCUGGGCGCGCAAACGGCGCGGGAGGGCGGCAAGGCGCCGGGAGGGAGCUAUGGCGACGUACGUGAGCGAGCUGGAGGUGGCCAAGAAGAACCUGAGCGAGGCCCUGGGCGAGAACGUGAAGCAAUACUGGGCGAACUUGAAACUUUGGUUCAAGCAAAAGAUCAGUAAAGAAGAGUUUGAUCUGGAAGCUCGCAGACUCCUCACCCAAGAUAACGUCCAUUCUCACAAUGAUUUCCUCCUGGCUAUUCUCACUCGAUGCCAAAUCCUGGUUUCUGCACCAGAGGGUCCUGGGCCUCUGCCAUGGACGGGUGGCUCUGCAACUAAACCUGGAAAACCCAAAGGAAAGAAAAAGUUUUCUUCGGUUCGGCAGAAGUUUGAUCACCGAUUCCAGCCUCAGAAUCCAUUGUCUGGAGCCCAGCAGUUUGUGGCAAAGGAUCCUCAAGAAGAUGAUGAUUUGAAGUUGUGUUCCCAUACAAUGAUGCUUCCCACACGGGGCCAGCUAGAAGGAAGGAUGAUAGUGACUGCAUAUGAGCACGGGCUGGACAAUGUCACCGAAGAGGCAGUGACGGCUAUUGUCUAUGCUGUGCAGAAUCACCUUAAGGAUAUCCUGGCAUCUGUAGUAUCCAGGAGGAAAGCCUAUCGCCUGAGAGAUGGUCAUUUCAAAUACGCCUUCGGAAGCAAUGUUAACCCACAGCCUUACCUGAAGAACAGUGUUGUUGCCUAUAAUAAUCUAAUUGAAUGUCCUCCUACCUGUGUGGCACCUUCUGCAGGUCAGAAUCUAGCCUCCCACCCCGCUCCUGAUGAUGCUGAGCAGCAGGCGGCUCUCCUCUUAGCAUGUUCUGGGAAUACUUUACCAGCUACUCUCCCUCCCGUGAACAUGUAUGACCUUUUUGAGGCAUUACAGGUGCACAGAGAAGUUGUUCCAGCACACACUGUCUACGCUCUAAACAUUGAGAGAAUCAUCAUGAAACUUUGGCAUCCAAACCAUGAAGAGCUGCAGCAAGACAAAAUCCAUCGCCAGCGCUUGGCAGCCAGGGAAGGGCUGCUGCUGUGCUAAAGUGAGGCUGGCCGGCGUCGAGACAGGCUAUCAUUUUGUGAACUCGGCAGCGGGAUCUCCUCAGCUUUGCCGUUAUGAAAACUGUCAAAUCUUGCAUCAUUGUGUCAGCAUUUCAAGGCAGAAAUGUGUAUUAUGUGUAACCUUUUCCUAUGGAAAUGUGACCCAAGGGUAGUACAUCUUGUUUGCUACCAUGAAGCUGUAGAGUCAACCCAACUCUGGGUUACUCUGACUGCUUGGGGCUGCACUGCUCCAACUGCAUUUGAAAAGGAAUGGAAGUUAGACUUUGUGUCCUGUGUAGGGAAAGUGGGAGUGGCAGGGGGAGAAGGAACUAAUUAGUUUUAAAGGAAGACUGAUCAACAUUUUUGUUUAGUGGGUGUGAUGGAUCUGUGCUGGCAAACAGCCUACUGCCAUAGAGGACCUGACAGAGUGCAUGACUAUUUGCCACGCUCGCCGAUGAUUGUCCGGGUUGCAGCCUGAACCACUGUGCUUAAAAUCCAGGUGAAGAAACAUGCCUGUGGCAAAGUACUUUUCCUUUGGUGUAACUAGGACUUCCCUGUGAAGGGGAGAAGUCUGCUCCCCACUGCCAGAAUGGUUGUCAUGCGUUCUCCCUCUCUGCGCCCAGUCAGUGUCACCAGAGAGAACCCAGAUCCUGCCAUUGUCCAGUGGUGGGGGAGGCGCAGACUACAGAAAGAGGUGGAAGGAGUAUGGAAUGUUGCACUUGUCAAAGGGGCAGAUCCAAAGCCCAGGGAGGUCAAUGGGCUUUGGGGCAGGCCCAAAGUGCAGGUGCCCUGCUGUGGCAGGUGUUUGUAUUGGAAAAGGCUGUUCUCUGAGAGUGCCUGUGGUGUAAUCACACUAGUAUAUAGCUUACCAAGGUAUGUUCAGAGCAUGUAUGAAGUUGGAAAAGCAGUGUCUCUUAGUACCCAGGGCUUGAUUCAGCUCUCCAUGAGCUCAGUGCAGGUCUUUCCCUUGAUUUCAUUGGGAGCUGGAUUGGACUUCUGGGGAGUCAAGACACCCAGGUGAAGAUGAGUAUAGUGCCAACGUGGACCCUCCAUUUAUACCCUGGCAACGUCCACUUCUGGAUCUGGACUAUGAGACUGUGAUACACAAAUGAAAGGGCCUGUGAUUUCUAUGCUGAGAGGGGAAAGCUGUUUAAAACACACUGAAGUAUAGAGCCAGUCUUUCAAACUGCUGGCUAGACUGGACUGUGUUUGGGGCUAUAGCCCAGUAUACCCAAAUCAGUGCUGUUUUACCCAUUCAGAAAACUGGACUAUGGAACUGGACUAUGGCAGCUUCCUGUAAUGCAGUGCUAGGAGGGAAGGCUGAGGGCAUGUCUACACGAACUGGAAGGUGUCAUUUCCAGCUCGAGGAAACAUCCCUGCACCAGUGCACUAAAAAUAGAAGUCACACCGCCCCAAGUAUAUACUAGCAUUUCAGGUGGGAUUGUAGUCAGGAUGGCUAGCUGCUCAUGGGGCGGCAGUGGCUACACUUCUGUGUCUAGCGUGCUAACUCAGUCAGAGCUAGCACAGGUAUGUCUGCUCAAACUGGAAAUUACACCUCCAGCUCCCCUGUAGACGUACUUUAAAGGGCUCCCUGUACCCACUCCUUUUCCCCUCCUCAGAACAUGCUUGUACUGGGGCAGCUAUAAUUUGUUUCCCUAGAGUACUCAAAACACAGAGCCAGUCUCUUCCUCUCCUCUGACUGCCUUCCCUGUAAUUGGUGAGGGGCUCAGAUCCCUCCCACCCAAUCACUGACCUAUCAGUUUGCCUAUGCUUCCAGGGAAUCCCCUUAACAAACAAUAGGUUAUGGUUCUGGAGGAUCACUAAUGUAGCAAGAUGGCUCCCCAUUGGUUGGUACUUCCUGUUUUUCUGAAACUUCCCGGGGGACGGGAGGUGUGGAAGUGUACCAUGUACGAUGGUGUGAGGGGUAGUAAGGUGGAGACUGCAGUUUGUAUCCAGUGGCUCAGGAUGAGAAGGACCCUAGUGAGUUACGAAGCCAAUUCCAGGAGGAAGAAGCAGCAUGAGGGACCUGGUAAAGCACUUGGUCACUGGUAGCAAGGACCCUGCAAUAGCAGCUCCACAGCCUCCUAAAGCGCAGCACAGUCUGAGCAUAUGUGGAAUCUGGGAGAGGACUCAGAUUCCCCACCCCCACCCUUUCCCAGCACCCAUUUUUUCUUUUUUUAGGCAUAUGUAGCAAAAUGAGCCUUAAACCCCACCAGUUUGAAAUCCACUAGUUUUAGAAGGCAGUUCUUAUAACUAAGGCUGAACUGUAAUACUUACAAUAUAUACUAGUGAGAUCAGCAGGGCAUCCGAUGUACUACUGGCUUUGGGGUGGGGGUGGGGGAUUUCCCAGCUAGCCAUAAUGCUUUGAUAUGGAAUGAAAACAUUAAGUGUGUUUGCUAGAUAUUUAAAUAGGCAGCCUCUAAAGUGUCAUACAUUUUUAACUAAAAUGCCUUAGUGCUGAAAUAUAAUAUGCAUUUGUGUGUGUUUGUAUGAAGAGCAUGCCAUGUAUAUGCUGUGCAGAACCG